UACAUUCGGAUGAAAAAUCCACAGUUACAUGAGCCGAUUUUAUGAAGCAGUCGUUCUUUUUUUGUUUUCUUCAACAUUUUUUACAUCAGAAAAAUAGUGUUUUUGAAAACCAUUUUCAUCAGUCAUGUCAAGCAUAUCGAACGAUUACGCGACCAAUGGCAUUUUAUCAAUUGGUAAAACAUUAUAUUUGAACGAGAAGUUUUCCGAUCUUCGCUUUAUUUUCAACUCAUCCGAUAGAUGUGAUGAAAUUAUUCCGGUUCACAAAUCCUUUUUGGCAGCCGUAAGCAAUAAGUUUGAUAAUUUGUUCAGUGAUUCUUGGAAAGGGAAAGUGGACGUUGUGAUUCCUGACGCAACAGCCGCUGAAUUCAGGGAAUUUUUACAAUUCUUUUACUUGGAACGGGCAACAUUAACAAUGGACAACAUUAAAAAAGUCAUGUGCUUCGGAAAGGAAUACAAUGUGCCAGAAUGUAUGAAUGCGUGUGUAAAAUUUCUGCAACGAAAUCUGACCGAAGACAAUAUUUGUUGGGGCUACGAUCUUGCCAUUUCUUAUGAUCAAAUUGCUUUGCAACGAUUUUGCAAAAUAGUGAUCGCGAUCAAUACAGAAAAGGUUUUUUCAUCGGCCAGUUUUCUCACAUGCAAAAAAGAGACGCUUGGCAAUAUUUUGGAAAUGGAAUCGUUGUCUUGUUCCGAAGCGGAAGUGUUUAAGGCAUGCAUGAGAUGGGUAAAAAAUGUCAGUAAAAAUAAAUUGACAAGAGAAAUCAUUCAAGUUCACCUCGGUGAAUUAUUUUUCAAAAUUCGCUUCAACUCGAUGACAUUACAUCAGUUUGCCGAUCUCAUUCGAAACAAUAUGUACGGUGGCUUAUUUUUAGCAGAUGAAUACAGAGAAAUUGUUCAAUCGAUUGCGAAACAAUAUAAUUUUAAUCCAACCAUUUUCAACCAAAAUCAUAGAAUUCCGUUUGAAAAUCUGCCUUUUUCGGAAAUGAUCAAAUGCGAUCGCUUAUUGUCACUCGAUUAUGCACGGACUCCGUAUUACAUCAAAAGUGUUGAAAAGACCCAAUUUUCCAUCAAUCAUCCGAUGCUGUUGAAACAGAUUGAAUGCAGCAUAAUAAGCAUUUAUGCAUCGAAUCAAUACUAUCCUGUUGAGGAUCUGCAAACUGAAUUGGAAAUCAUUCAAGUUUCUGUAGCGGCUCCUGAUGGCGACAAAGUCGUUCUUCAUCGUGGAAAUUAUCAUCUGACUAAUUUUUGUGCAAGAAAUAUAACUUUGACGAAGCCGAUCCUUGUGAGACCGGGUUUUUUGUAUGAAAUUCAGCUGAAACAAAGUCCACCACCAAAUUGUAGCACUGGUGACAUCCUGAAGUUGAAAGUUCAACUCGAUUCGAACAUUAACGUACAGUUUCAUCAUGAUUCAUACAUGAAAAUUGAUAAAGUUGCAAGAGGAGUCGUUCGAAAACUUGGGUUCCAUCGUAUUUAAAACUGAUAACGAGCUAUCUUCAAAACAAAAUAAAGUCCGAAAAUGGGGAUACAAACAAUUUCAAUAUUCCGUCAUUAUCUAAAUCAGUCGACCAAUUCGACAAUUCAAAUAGUUGCAUUAAUCUCUGCGAUUUCCAAAUAGAUUAGAAUAUAAGUGAACAAGUCAAAAAUGUUUAAUGAGAGCAAUUAUGCGGGUCUAUUUCAUA